AUGGAUACGCGCACAGUCUUAACUGCCAUAGAUGAGCUGAAGAAGGAACUAAAAUCGGAAAUCGCCGACCUAAAGGAGAGCACCGAUUUUUGCUCCAAAUCAGUUGAUGAGUUUAAGGUGGCCAUCGGAGAGCUAAAAAGCAUCAAGGCACAGUUAGGCCAGCUAAAUACCGCAAAUCAGCAAUUACUCAGCGAGAACAAGGAACUGAGGAGCAACCUAGAGGAAUCGAUGGACCGAAUUGCUGAGCUGGAGCAGUACAGCAGACUAAAGAACUUGGAAAUAAAAGGUAUUCCUCUCAGCCCAAACGAACAUGUUCGUGAUGUGGUGAAACGGGUGUCUGAAGCACUGUCGGUCCCUCUAGAUCUGCCAGACGUGGACACCUGUCACAGGGUGCCCACUAAAAAAACCGGCCAGCAACAUAUCGUAGUGCAGUUUACCACACGCCAAAAAAGAGACGCAGUAUUCUAUGCUGCUAAAAAGAAACGGUUAACAUCUACGAUGAUCGAUAUUCCCGGUCAACCGUCUCCAAUAUUUGUAAAUGAACAUCUCACUAUGCUGAACAAGAUGCUCUUGAGUGAAGCGAUCAAGGCAAAAAAGAAUAAAAACUGGAAAUUUGUAUGGACAAGGAAUGGAAAGGUGCAUGCUAGAAAAGCAGAAAACUCUAGGAUUAUAGAUAUAAAAACUGUAUCAGACAUUGCAAAAAUUACUUAG